GGAUGGGCCCGUACGUGACGCGGGGCCGCGGCCGCUCCCCCGGGCCGGAGCGGAGCCGCAGCCGCGGGCGGGCACCACCAGGUGAGAGCGGGCGGGGACAGCCGGCCCCGCUCCCCUCAUCCCCUCCAUCCCCCAAGGGGCUUUCCCCGCGGCCGGGGCUCCGGUACCGACCCGCGGCAGGAGGACUUUGCUCCUGUCAGCACAGCUCUGUUUCACUGCUCCCUGGGUGAACAGGUGAAGCCAGCCUAGUGAGGAACUUCACUCACCUUUUAAUGAACGUCAAAAAACAGCACUGCCACGGCCUCCUACCCAGCAGAGCUGCUCCCCAGAGCCAGAGGGAUGGUGGUAGUCACGGGGCAGAACAAAGUGAGUGCCACCCCGGAUGAUGCCAUGUCGAGCUCGGAUGCAGAGGAUGAUUUCCAAGAGCCGGCCACUCCCACCGCCACCCAGGCAGGACAAGCGCUACCUCUGCUGCCUCAGCAGUUCCCAGAAGUUGUCCCACUGAACGUGGGGGGGAUGUUUUUCACCACCAGACUGUCCACGCUGCGCAGGUACGAGGACACCAUGCUGGCAGCCAUGUUCAGCGGCAGGCACUACAUCCCCACGGACGCUGAGGGCAGGUACUUCAUCGACAGGGAUGGCACCUACUUUGGAGACAUACUAAACUUCCUACGAUCUGGUGACCUGCCCCCCCGAGAGCGAGUGAGGUCAGUGUACAAGGAAGCUCAGUAUUAUUCCAUAGGACCCUUGCUAGACAAUCUAGAGGAUAUCCAGCCUCUUAAAGGAGAAAAAGUUAGACAAGCUUUCCUGGGCCUAAUGCCAUAUUACAAAGACCACUUGGAGCGGAUAAUCGAGAUAGCCAAGCUGCGCGCCAUGCAGAGGAAGGCCAGGUUUGCCAAGCUGAAGGUGUGUGUGUUCAAGGAGGAGAUGCCCAUCACUCCCUACGAGUGCCCCCACUUCAACUCUCUGCGCUUCGAGCGCAGCGAGAGCGAGACCAAGCUCUUUGAGCACCACUGCGAGGUGGACGUGUCCUUCGGGCCCUGGGAGGCCGUGGCCGACGUCUACGACCUCCUGCACUGCAUUGUCACCGACCUGUCCGCCCGGGGCAUCACCGUGGACCACCAGUGCAUCGGCGUGUGCGACAAGCACCUCAUCAACCACUACUACUGCAAGCGCCCCAUCUACGAGUUCAAGAUCACCUGGUGGUGAGCUGGGCUGCCUGAGCAGGGCGUGAGGGGACUCCCAGAGGACAAAUAUUCACCUGGUGGUGAGUGUGGUGGCACAGCCGGGGGUGAGAGGACUCCUAGAGGACAGAUGUUCUUGGCAGUUGCCUUGCUGCUCACCGUUCCUUGGGAUCCUGCUGGCAGGGGUUGGGAAAACCUCUGGAAACUUGAAAAACCAGCCUGAAAUCAGACUGUUGGCUCAGGUACCUUAACGAGGCACAAAACAAAAUCACCUCAUGGAAAGGAUGGAGGGGAGUGGCUGAACAUCUGCUAAAAGGUGCCACCAAGCACGUGGCUUCAGGAUGGAAUUGCAGAUUUUUCCUGCGUUUUUGGGAAUCUGGGGUGCUACUAAAGCUGACGCUUCAGUUUUAUCCUCUUAGAAAUGUUUUAGUUCCUCCUUCAACUUUAUAAAAUUUGAGUCACACCCAGCACAAAGAUUCUGGAAAUGUCAUUUUGAUGUACUAGAUAAUUAAAAAAAAAAAAAAAGGAAAAAAAAAAGGAGUAUUCCCUAUAUAUUAUUAAUUGUUGUCAGGGUUAAGCUGUAUUUCUUUUUUAAUUAAGAAUCUACGUUGUGAAUUAUAAUGUUAUACUUCAAUUAUUUCUGUUGUUAUCAAAAGGAAUAGCAAAUCUGGAAUAUAUUCCUUAAUGCUUUUAGGAAUAAUAACUGUUCAUGGAAGACUUGUGCCUGUUUUUAGCCUUAGAAAUUCUAAAUGUUUACAAUAUCUACAAAAAAGAGCUCUUUAGAAUCAGGUCAUUUACAAAGGCUUUUGGUAAAUGAGAAAACCCUGUCUGUAUGUUCCUAUUAGUAGUAGUAAGAGGAAUAUUUAAUGUAUAUUAUUUUAUUACUGACUCUUUUUACAUUCUGUGAUAUUAAACUUUAUUUUAGACUUAAAGUCAGAUGAUAUUAGACAAGUGCUUCCUUCACCUCACCUUUUUCAGACAAUUAAAUCUUAAUCUUAUCCUUCUUGUUGAUCCUUCUUGGUGUCACAGAAGGAGAAACAAAAUUCAAACUUCAAAUUCAGAUAUUUCUCCACUCUAAAGCAGUAGGAAAUUUCUUUCCACACUGGACGAGGGAGCCACUGCAGCAUCAUAUUUUCUUCAGAAGGUCGUUUUUGUACUUGUGACAUGAGCAACCACAUCCCAGAUUUCAACUACUGAAUUCAGCCCAAAACUGAGAGGGAGAAAAGUCUGAAAAUCUUAUUGUUUUGUGAGGUGCAGAAAACUCCAACGUGCUUGAAGGGGGCUUCAAAAUAAUCUUAAAGAGAGAGGAAAAGUAAAUAUUUGCAUCUUGCAUUCCAUUGGAUUAAUUAAUCCAAGAAUAUUGCUUAAACUUCUGACCAAAAUUCUUUAGGAACAUUAAUGGCAGUGAUCAAAAUUUCUCCAUUUUCUGAGGCAAUUUUUAGAAUAACUGUAAGAACAUAAGGAUCAAACUGUCUUGCAAAAAAAGAGACCAUUUUUUUGCCUCGUCACCCUUUUAGAUAUUUAAUUUAGGAAUGAAAUUGUCUCUCUGAGGUGGGUGUCUCCCUACUGAUCUCUGCAAUCCUUACACAGGAUCAUUGUCAAGUGCUGAGUUUCAAGGGCAGAGAUAAAUUUGAAUAGAGGGAGUUCUGCACAUUUGGAUCUAAAUUUAAGUUUGUUUCAAUUGUUUCCUGAAAUAAUGGCCUUGAUGUUACAGGUUCUUGGAGUCGUGUUUGGCAACCCAAAAUUAAAAGUUAAACUGAGACUAAAGUUUCACUGCAAGGAGAGGGAGUUUUGCUUGGUUUCUUUGGCUUUGUUGCCUUAUUUUUUUCUUUCUUUCCAAGGAAUCCAAACUGCAAACGGCAAUUUCUUAUAAAAUUAAAUAACAUCUUAAAGCUGAGCCUUGUCUUGGCUGCUUGUGCACUUCAGAUAUUUAAAUUCGGGAUUUUCAGAUGUUCAAAACUACAGGUAUUUACAAUUUCAGAAUUGCAAUAUUCAGAUUACAAUGAGAAUUACAGUUUUCCUGCAAAUUUCAGUGUUUUGUUUUUUUCUUACCACUUCCCAUAAAUGUAUUUACAGAAUUCUGGUCGGAAUUCCAGCACUCCUUGCAGAAAUGGAUCACAUUUUGAUUUUCAUGGUGUGUUUUCUGGUUUGGCUUUAGGAAUUUCCCUGCUGCUGUUCAGGAGAAGCUGUGAUGACAAAAUUCCUGUUUCAGUCAUUUUUGUUGCUCCUUAAUAUGAACAUUUUGUAACUUUUUCCUGUUUGUUCCUUAAAUAAUUAAGGAAGGCAACCCAACCAAAAAGAGAAAAUGAAAAUCUUCGUCUGCAUCAGCUGUGUCUUAAUUUAAGCUCUCAUCCUCCUGAAGUGCAAUACUGGAAAUGAAAACAUGAAUUUAAGCCCACAAGCUUUAAUUAGUGCUGGGAUUUGUGAUUUGUUCAGGUUAACAAUAUUUUUAAUUGUUCCAAGCAGUCUUUGUUUACAAGGAUUUAGCUGCUCUUGCCCAACCUGUGCUCAUUUUUUGGCAGAAGCAGAAGAAUUGUGCAGGUGGAUGGCAGGGGAGUGUAAUCUAAAAACUGGGUUAUGUAACGUGAUUGAUUCUCUUUUCUGGGCCUGUAGCUUUUGAAAUCCUACAUUUGCAACAAAAAAUGGGAGUGGCUGAUCUACUAAAUCCAUGUUUGAGAGGUUUGAGGACUUUUGUAUAAAAUUGCAUCAUUAAACUAUGGAAUGCUGCUGCUUUUUUUUUUUUUUUUCCCUUUUAGGACUUUUUUUUUAUAUCUGGGCAGACCAAAGCUUUGCUAAUACAUAUUUUUCUGUGCUCCCUUAACUUUUUUUUUGCCACUUUGUAAUCUACAAAUGAUAUUGUAGAUAUCUUUUCCACCCUCACACUCCCAAAUCCCUGUGUUUGUGAGCAGUAAAUAGUCUCCUGUCCAUAUAAAUAUUGGAGGAAUGGUGGGACAUAUUUAUUUUAAAUAUUUUUUUCAUUGCUGUGUGUGAACAAAAACAUGACAAGACCAAUUUUUUUAACAUUCCCUUUAUAUCCAUUUUGGAGUGGUUUUUUAACAAGACACAAAGGGAGGUCUCAUAUGAAGUGAGCUGGGCAAUUCCACAGCACACCAAAUGUUUCUGCAUCUGUUUUAUGCUUGUGAAAUAGGAAGGGGAAAAAAAAAGAAAAUCAAAAUAGAAAAAUAAGAAGUAGGAAAAUAAAAUAAAGGAAAAUAACCCUUAUGAAGCACUCAAAAAUGACAUGAGAAGGUGUUUAUGUACAGCAGCCACUUAAUGUCUGCUGAGCUCAAGAGUUUAAAAAAAUAUCUAAAAAUAACUUUUGGACUUGGUGUAGACUUUUAACUUGAAUGCCCAAUAUUCUGCACAGGAAUCUGAAAUAGUCCUUGCUGAAUUUCCAUCCUCCUCAGAGGAAAGUGAAGGUGCUGCCAGGUUUGAUCUGGGAAGUCUUUGUGCCAUAAGCAGCUCCUCUGUGGUCCUUGUGCAUGUGCUGGCUUUUUAAUUUUUAUUUUAUCCUACAAAGAGGGAUCAGUUUCUGCAUCAGUGAGGGUGUGAGUUGUUUUUUUUUGGAAGCACUUUGGGUUUAGUUACCUUAAACAAAAGCAGUAAAUUAUCACAGCAGGAAUUUCUGCAUCACUCCCUUUUGAGGCAUUUUUUUAAGUUUUAGGAAUUCUGCUUGGGAGACACCUCAAUAUGCAAAAUACCUGAAUUUGUUAAUGUGAAUAUUUUUGACAUUUUGUUGUUAGUUGUGUAAUAUUCUUCCCUGAAUGUGGCAAGAGUGAUAAGGACUGAGAUAAACACUGGUUUUGUGAUAAACCAGCUCAUGGCUCAUUUGGAAAAUCACUCAUCCCAAAGUCUGUUAAGGUAACAGGAAAAGCAGGCAUCUCCCUCGGCUCCCCACAGUGAGCCCUGAGGAUACUCCGGGCUCCUUAAUCCACUCCAGGCUCCAUUCUUGGAGACAAAGUGGUCACAGGCUCUGCCUCACAGACCCUUGAAGGCAAAACUCAAACACUUGUCUUGAGGAAUGAGCUGAUUUGCAGAGGCACCUAAACCUGGUCUUUGAGAAUUGUUAAAAUUCCAGCAAUCUGAAGGAUGUGGAGAUUUUAAAUUUCUGUGAUAGCUUUGUUAAGCCCUGAUGUGGAUAUUUGGAACUGCUCUGAUGGCUUUGUUAAGCCCUGAUCUGCCCUGAGUUGGUGCAAUGGAUGUUUUGUGAUACCGAGGUUGGGCAGUCCUUUUAUUUUAGUGUAACUGUGUUUUCCCAGUGAGCUGAUUUCCAGUGUGUCCUGAGCACUGGUGUUUGGAAACAUGGAAGUGGGAAGGAAUUCAUUCCCCAGGGACAAUCCUCACUACCUCUAAAGGAAAACUUUGAGGUCCUGAUCCCCAUUUGUUAAAUGAGUGUGGGAGGAGAUGAGGGCUCUGGGCUGAGCAUUCCCAGUUAAUGACUCCAACUGGAUUCCUUGUGGUCCUCAGCCCCUUCUCUAACCUUUCACAGCUACAAUUCCACAUGCAGCAAAUUUAUCUCUUCUCUGCUGCACCCUCAGAUUUGUUUGCCAGGUGAAUACUCAGCCCAUUUCAAACUCAUUAUUAAACUAAUAUUUUAAUAUUGCAGUAUGGUGACUCUUAGUUGCUAAAGAAUCUUAUUCAUAAAAUCUCAUUACUCUCAAAAAUACCUGAAUAAAUGGAUUAAACUAACAGAGAACUUUAAUUUCAUUCUUCUACUUUAUUUUUUUUUCUAAUGACUGUUAAGAAAUAAAAAUCCUUACUUCUUUUAAGGGCUUACAUAAGAAUAUGUAUUCAGCCUGAGAACUUUGGGAGCUGAGGGCCUUGCUGCGAGCUGCAUGAUCCCUCAUAAUUUUUUUUUUACCCCUAAAAAGCUAAUUACCAAUAUAAUUAAAGGCUUUGUAGCUUCAUUCGGCAUUUGCAAGAACUGGGAGCCCUCGUUCCCAGGUUUAUGCUCACUGCUCAUUUAGAGAUGAUGAGGACAUGAUGAGGGGGAUGAUGGAAGUGGCAGCAGGGAAGAAUUCCUGUCAGAGCAGGUUGUUCCCAUUGCUGAGUUGUUCUUUGUGUUUGGUUUCAGCUCUCGUGUUGUGUCAGGCACAGGAACAUCCACCCCAUUUGUGUGUAAAUCCAUGGUGUUGGGGUUCUGGGAGAUAACAGGCAGAGAAAACCCAGUGGCUGUGGGUCACAGCAGUGACAAGUGAGGUGGCUGCAGGGUGACACUGCUUGAAUCUGGUUUAGAGCUGCAUCUUCCUUUCUGCAUGGCAAAUCAAUCACUUGGGACACAACUGCCUGGCAGGUAAGGGAAGAUUUCAGAGCAGACACCACAGAAAAAUGAUCUCUUAACUAAUUCUAAACUCUGGGAUAGAUUUCUUUCACUUCUUUUAACGACUGCUUUACCCUGGACAAUUUAUAGACCCCGCUGGCUUAAAGUUGUGCUUGGCAUUACCAAACCCUGAAGAUGUUUUCAGGUUUUUCACACACAACACAGAGGACCCAGGAUAGUUUUAAGUUUUGGGCUAUGAAAAUAAAACCAACUCUCCAGUCUUUAUCUUUCUGCAAAUAAGCUGAUUUCAGAGGAUAAUUCUGUUCUGUUAUCUCCUGUAUAUAAUUCUCUAACUGGAAAUCGCUUUCCAGAACAGCAGUUCAUAGUCAUUUUACUUACACAAGCUUAGUAUAAGUUUACCUCCACUUUCACUGUGACUUUUAUAAAUGGAUUUUGUUUUGCUGAAUUAUAAAUUGUAUGUGUCUAUGCAUUGUAACCCGUAAUGCCUUUGAAAAUCCAGCCUGGAUGCUAACGAUCAGGGUUUGGAAUUAUCUCCAAAUGUGUUUUGUUAAUAAUUAUCUUGACGUGUGAUGUUCAAUACUGUGAGUGCUGCAGUGUAUUGUUUCUUAAUACUUUUGACUUUUCAGUUCAGGCAAUAUAUAGUCCAUAUGUUUUUUAUUUAAAACACAUAGAAGAAAACGUGGAUAUAAAGGUUGUGUUGUGCAAUAAAAGAUUAUGAUACUGAAAA